AUGACCGCCCUGGUUGCUGACAACAGUCUGGGUGUCGAUCGCAUGGGCACCCAGAACGACGAGAUCGCUGGCAACAGCGGCCUAGCUUCUGUGCAAGGAGACCUUUUGAAGCCAACCACGGUACUAGAGGACAAGACGAGCGAUCCCAGCAAGAUCGAUAGCGAGCUGACCACGGAGACCAACGACAAACAACCCGGAAUCCAGCCAGAAAAGCCUGAUGAUAGCAACGCCAACGAAGCCGGCGAUUCUCUUACUAUUGAAGAGCCAGCCUCCGUUGAGGAUCCUGCCUCUCAGCAAAAUGAGACGGUUAAGAAUGAAGGCUCCAAUGAUGGGCCCGACACCGACCGCGCCCCCUCGCCGGUACCUACAGAAGAUCACCCGCCUAGGAAUCUGUACCGUCAAUACCUGGAAAUGAUCAAAAGGAUCUCAGCAGGCGAGACCGGAGAAAGCCUUUUGACUGGUGUGAUGGAUUACAUGAAAGUUGUGGACGAUCGUCUUUGUACGAUCGAGGGGAAACUACGCAGCAACGGAGAGGACAAGAAAACGUCUGUCGCAGGAGAUUCGUCGCCGCCAAGUGAGGCUGGCGACCCCGACCCCGAGGAUAUCCGGAAUGAGGUCAAGUUUUUCGAAGCGGGGGAGGAUGACAUCAGCUCAGACGGCAACCUCAUCGACAUGGCCGCCGACCAUGGACGGUUUUCCUCCACAAAGGACCACCCGCAAGUGCUCCGAGUCUUGUACAACAAGUUGUCAGACGACGCGACCGUCGACAAAGCCAGCCCGGAGCCGGGGCAGAUCGACAUCACCUAUCUGACCAUUCUAUCCGACCCCAUUGCAUCUUUUUUCCGAGAUGUGUUGGCCCUGGACUGUGGUCAAGGCCACGCCUGCAUCCGCCUUUCGAAGCCGUUUCGUCCCCUGAUUAGGAACAUUAAACCGUUGAAAGACCACCUUGCGAAGCUCGAAAAGGCGUACGGUCAUCUCAAGCUAGAUCAGACACCAGAAGAAGCGAAACCUGGCACCGAAGACUCAAUGAAGCCUGCCGACGACGACGCUGCGGGUGCUGGUGAGACCACCGAACCCACUUCAACACCUACGCCGUCUCCGCAGGGAGAAACCUCUGAGCAACACGAGAUGCCUUUUCUGAGGCCGACCGCGCUUGCGCACUUCAAAACGAUUGUCCAGUUUGUGGACCAGUACCUGCACAAGUCUCUGGAGCUAUAUGCGAGGUUCAAAUCAGGUGAGGAAGACAAGGUGGCUUUCGAAAAUAUGUGGAUGCUUUUCGACGCCGGGACCACCAUCUUCUGUCCCUACAGAAGUGGCCAAGAGGUCUUCUCGACUACGGAUUUGGACAAUGAUCGAUCAGACAGUAGCGCGAUCUCGUUUAGAUAUUCCGAGUCUCGUGCUAGAUACUCUCCCCAGGCGUACUGCGUUCUCUCCACCCGGGGCGGCACCUUUUUGAAGACGUCGCUGAUGCCGGGUGGGAUUGAGGAAGACUUUGAAGAGAAUGACUUCUUGCAGAACGUCGACGCCUUGUUGCGACUAGAUCGGUGGGACCUUCUGCGACAUGGAGAUGCGGGAGGGUAUCGCAAGGACAUUGCACAGCCGCUCGCAAGACAUGGCGCUGGAGGUGCUGCCGCAACGAGACGAAACAAAAACACAACGUCCACACUUGUCAUUGCCUGUUUCAACGUGGAGUAUGACGGUGAUCGGUUUGGUACUCAACGAGAGCUGUUCCAGAUCAAGCCUUACAGCGGCCUGAAAGAUGUACGAGACAUUGAGGUUUUCCCGGUGCAAUAUUUGAAGGACGAGGAGAUGGAUCGUCUGAUGCAAAGAGGCCGAAGGUUUCUCGAUCUCACGAACAACGCUCACAUGUCUUACGAGGGCACCACUGCGGGAAGCACGCGAGAGACGAUCAACAGUGAGGUUAUUGUUGACUUCAAGACUGCGUUCGAAAGGAGCAGCGACCUGCCAGACAUUUCAGAAAUCAGACCCAACUUCUCGUCCGGGAACGAGGUCUUUCAAUGGCCCAGAACAACCGAGAGGGGGCAACGAGAAGUGCAUGACUGGUACGAGCAUGAUGCAGUUGAGGGCGACCGAGCCGUCACCCAUCGUUGGUGCUAUGCAAACAGCUGCCAAAAGCCCACGUACUACGCACAUCAAGAUGCGCAGAGUCAAAAGGUUCUACGAAAGCUUGCGACAGUAUUCGAAAGCUAUACUGCACAACAGGCCAAGUCGAAGAAAGCCCGCAAAGAGUUUAGGCAGUAUUUCGAGGAAAACGGCCUCAUGAGCCUCUUCCCGGCCGUUGUCCCCGGUUAUGCCUUGCGGAAUCGCAAAUGGGUACAACUUGAUCUGGAUCGACUCCAGGACGUCCAACACGGCGAUGACUGGAACAAUCUCGUCCUGCCCAAAGGCCACAGGGAGAUGGUGCAGGCGAUGGUUGAGUCGUACACCAGGCGGUCAGAUGGUUCCCAAGACACGCAAGAUCAGCUUUCCGAGAAGGUCGACUUGGAUCUUGUUCGAGGGAAAGGCAAAGGAUGCAUCAUUCUGCUUCACGGUGCUCCUGGCGUGGGCAAAACUUCUACCGCAGGACACCUUCCCGACGUUGUCGAGGCAAACCUAGAAAGGCACUUCAAGCUGGCGCACAGGUGGGCGUGUGUGCUGCUACUGGACGAGGCAGAUGUGUUUCUCGCGAAAAGAACGAAAACCGACGUAAAGCGAAACGGACUCGUAUCAGAGUACUACCCGGGAAUCUUGUUCCUGACGACCAACCGGGUUGGUGCCAUUGACGAUGCAUUCCGCUCGCGGCUCCACCUGACGCUGUACUAUCCAAAGCUUGUGGAGAAGCAGAGCACCAAGAUCUGGAAGAACAACCUCGGGAAGCUGAAGGAAGUCAACGAACAGCGACUCAAGAGAGGUCAACAGCCGAUCAAGUACGACAAACGCGAGAUCAUCAAAUGGGCGUCGACAAACUGGGAGAGUCUUCAGUGGAACGGCCGGCAGAUCAGGAACGCCUUCCAAACCGCCAUUGCGUUGGCGGAAUUCAAAGCGCAGUCGCGAAAGUCUGGAAAGCGAAGCGGCGUCGACAACGCAUCACCUUCUCCCAAGAAGGCCAAGUCACCUUUGCUGGACCAAGACACCUUUAUGCUGAUUGCGGACGCCUCGAACCAGUUCAACGACUAUCUUUUGCAGACGCACGGUCAAGACGAGGAGAUGACGGCGUCCAGGGACCAGUCCGAGACUGACAAGAAGAGCAAGAAGGCGAACGCGAAGAAGGCCAAGAGCAAAUCUGAGAAGAAGGAGAAAGAGAAGGAGAAGGAGAAGGAGAAGAAGGCGACAAAGAACAAGAAGUCGUCAGACGGGACGGAGAAGACCAAGAAGAAGAAGAAAAAGUCGGAGGACUGA